AGCGGAACGAGCGGCGGCGGCGGGCCGCGGCGUCCGGGAGCUCCCGGAGCCCCUGGGUGCGGGGCCGGCCGGGCGGCGCGGCGACGCUGCUGGGCCUGUCGCUGCUGGGCCUCGUGCUGUACCUGGUGCCGGCGGCGGCGGCGCUGGCCUGGCUGGGCGUGGGGGCCGCCGCGGCCUGGUGGGGCCUGAGCCCCCGGGAGCCGGCCCGGGGUCCGCGCUGCAACCCGCCGCUUUCCUCCGCCUCCCAGGCACGGGCCCGCCGCCUACCGCCGCCCGCCAAGGCCGCGGUCAACGGGGCCCCGCUGCAGCCGCCGUCCCGGGGCCCCGGGCCCGCCGGGCAGCCGCUGCUCAUGGGCGGUUACUUAGGCAAGCCGGGCCCGCCGGAACCCCCGCGGCGGGAGCGGCAGCCCCAGGCGCCCUCGCCGCAGCUGCUGAGCCCGGCCGCAGGCUCCAGCUCAGGGACCACCUGACUCCUCCAAACCGAUUCUCAUUAGCUCCACGGAGAAGAUAUCCAAUUCAGCAGGCCCAGUACUCCGCACUGGGGACGCUUCCCACAGUGUGUUGGGAAGGCCACCAGAGGAAAAACGUACUCUCUGCCCGAAACUCCCACAUGGUGUCAAGCCCUGUGACCGUGAGAAUUGCUCGCCCAGAUCUACCCCGUUCCCCCCUGGAGCAGGUUGUGAAUUCAGCCAUGCCCUCACCAUCCAGUAAUGCCCCAGACCCGUGUGCAAAGGAAACUGUGAUGAACGCACUCAAAGAGAGCCGGAAAAGGGUGGUGGAGGAGGAUGAUCAGAUAUUCUGUGAUGCCCAGGAAAACAAGCGAAGGCGCCACGACAGUAGUGGCAGUGGACACUCAGCAUUUGAACCCCUGGUCGCAAAUGGAGCCCCGGCAUCUCUGGUUCCCAAGCCUGGAUCUCUGAAGAGAAGCCUCACUUCACAGUGCACAGAGGACGGCUCGAAUAAGAGAUCUCGAACCUCUUCCACCAGCUCUCUGCCCAGCACCUCCCCGGGGGGCAUCCCCAGCUCCAUCCGCAAUGCCAUCACCAGCUCCUAUAGCUCCACGAGGGGUUUCUCACAGUUGUGGAAGAGGAGUGGCCCUAGUACCUCGCCUCUCUCUAGCCCUGCCUCAUCUCGCUCCCAGACCCCGGAGAGGCCUAUGAAGAAAGCACGGGAAGAAGAGUCUCAUCAGUCUAGCCGUUUGACCCCCAUGACCUCAGACAAGGAAUCUCAGGCAGAGAAGGUGACGGAUACCCCCACUUGGAAGAAACAGAGCUCCUGGAGCACCCCACCUACCUCUGGGAGCGGGGGGAAGCGCAAACGCAAAGUUCAGUUAUUGGCUUCUCGGCGAGGGGACCAGCUCACCCUGCCUCCACCUCCCCAGCUCGGUUACUCGAUCACUGCUGAAGACCUAGACUUGGAAAAGAAGGCUGCAUUGCAGUGGUUUAACAAAGUCUUGGAAGAGAAGACAGAUCCCCCUGCUGUUUCUGUCGCAGAGACCUCCCCCGCCCCUCGACCUCUUUCCUUCACUUUACCAUCCCCAGAGACAACUUCUUCCUCACCAGCUGCCCCUCCAGUUUCCAGUGCCAACCCCUUGCUGGACAGUCUGAAGAAGAUGCAGAAUUCCCCGAGCCCAGCCACCCUCGCAGACCCAGACGGAGCAGCCAGUGCUGGGGCGCCUUCCCCGCUGAAGCCGGCCAGCCCGCCCGCUGCCACAGGGCCCACAGAGCCAGGGCCCCCUGCUGCCGCCUCUUCGUCCUCCAAGCCCAUCCCAACCUUCUCCUUGUUGACCUCUUCUGCCACGCUCCCCGUCGCUACCAGCAGCCAGGCCUCCCCAGCGCCUGCAUCAGACAGCUCUCCCAAGCCACCCCCCACUGCUGCCUCCAAACCAAGCAUUCUCUUUGGGAUGCUGAGUACCCCGCCUCUAAGUUCCACAGCUCCCGCUGCUCCCACUCCUGCGGCUGCUUCGGCUCCUCCUCCCACCACUCCCAUGUUCAAACCCAUUUUUGGGGUUCCCCCUAAAAUGGAGAGUGGGGCUUCUUUGCCAGCUGCCCCCUCUGCCACAGCUGCUGUGUCUGGUGGCUCUGUCCUACCCCUAGCCCCCAGCACCUCCACCUCGACCUUUAAGCCCAUCUUUGGUAGCAUGGGCCCCCCCCAAUCUGUGCCCUUGGCCUCAGCUUCCCCUUUCUUAAAGCAGCCCUUUUCCGUAGCCCCCACCACAGCCGUUACCAGCGCCGUCCUGGCACCCCUUUUUAGUGGCCUCCCUGGCGUCCAGCCCACCACGGCUACUGCCACCAUGACCACCGCCACAGCCACUUCCAGUGGGACCACUGACUCGGGCUCCAAGCCCACCUUUGGCUUUGGGUUGAGCGGCUUGGCCAGCACCACGGCCAGUGCUCCCGCUACCACUGCAGGCGCUGCCACCACUACCACCCCCUCCCUAGCACAGCCUUUCCUCUUUGGGGCAGCUCCUGCCUCUGGGGCCAGCUUCACCCCGUCCACUAGUUCCAUGUUCCAGUUUAACAAACCUGCUGCCACUGUUGCAGCCACCACCUCUGCAGCAGUACCCACCACGACCUUUGGUGCCGCGCACACGGCCCCCAGCAGCACUGCUGGCUUUGCGUUUGGCGGGACCGUCACCACGGCAGCCCUGCCAGCCACCAGCCAAGUGACGCUGACGUUUGGCCCCGCCGCCGCCACCACCUCCACCACUACCACCACCACUGCCGCAUUCAGCAACCCCUUCGGUUCCAGCGUCAAGACGAUGCCACCCCCACCCUACCCUGGCGCUGCCCCUCAGUCUGCCUUUGGGACUGCUGAUGCGCAGCAGCAGCAGGGGACCACCAAAGCGGGCCCCAUAACAAGCUUCAGUAGCACGUUCAGCUUUGGGGGCUCGGCAGCCCCGGGCCCCGCCCUCCCCCAGCCCACCUUUGGCAGCGCUGCUCAGCCAGCCUUUGGCGGAGUGAAGCCCCCCACCUCCUUUGGCACCCCUGCCAGCACUCAGCCGGCCUUCAGCAGCGCCAACACAGUUUUCUCUUUUGGCACAACCAUCACCUCUAGCUUUGGGGCCACCACGCAGACCACCAGCAGUGGCACCAGCAGCUCCAUGUUUAGCAGUAUGAGCAUGGCCCCCUUCACGUUUGGGAGCUCCACACCUGCGGCCAGCAGCGGGGGCUUUGGGGCCAGCACAGCCGUCCCGGGAACCAGCUCGAGUACUGUGGCAUUCAGCUUCGGAGCAAGCCAGAGUGGGGCAGCCAGUGCCACUGCCCCCUUUGGGGGCACCUUGAACCAGAACCCCCUGGGCGCCCCAAGUCAGAGCACACCCUUUGCCUUCAGCGUGGCCAACACCACCGAGAACAAGCCUGUGUUUGGAGGCACGAGCUCCGUGGGCAGUAGCCUUUCCUUUGGGACGCCAACCACGCCAGCCCAGGGCUUUGUGGGAGCAGGGCCAUCUUUCGGACCAGCGACCCCUUCGUUUUCCAUCGGUGCUGGAUCCAAGACCCCUGGGGCCAGGCAGCGACUGCAGGCCCGGAGACAGCACACCCGAAAGAAAUAACCUGCCCUGCCCCCCCCCCCUCGGCUCCUGCUGUGAAGAGCCUCGGCCCUGUCCCUGUUUUUGUACAGCAAGCCCACCCCACCCCACCCCCCACUCCUCUAGCAGCAGCUGCCCUGGCAGUGGCAGGGUGGAAACAAACCCUUUUUACUUGAACAGUUCCACUGCUGAAACUGGAGAAGCUUGUGUACAUAUCGUCAGCCUUGCCUCGCCUCUCCUGACUUGUCUCCUUGUGUGUGUGUGUGUGUGUGUGUGUGUGUGUGUGUGUGUGUGUGUGUGUGUGUGUGUGUGUGUGUCUGUCUGUCUGUCUGUCUGUCUGUCUGUCUGUCAGCUUGGCCAAGGAGCCCCUUUCCUGCGCUCGGCCUGGCCACGCGGAGGGCUCGGCCUGAGCCUCCCAGCUCUCCUCCUGCUCCACGUGGCCGCAAGGGCAGGUUUCGUGCUGCUUUUGCCUUGGGUCUUGGCUUCUGCUCCUUGGACUUUGUCCCCCCAGAAAGCAUUCCUCUUCGUGGUGUUGGUCUGGCUUGGGUUUGCCUUGGGGAAGCCUCCAGGAAUUGGGAGAAGUCUCCGUGAAGGCUACUCCUGAUGCACCAUCCUUUCUUCCCCUGGAGAAAGAGGAAGGCUGUAGCCUCAGUCUUCCCUUUGGGAGCAUAGCCCUUAAGACCUCAGAGGUUGCAGUUAGCCAACAGAAGAGGAAAGCACCUUUCCCCAGACCCCCUGCUGGCCAGCAAAGGAGCAGGCCAGACACUGCACCACUGCUCCUGGCUUCUCUCCCUUUCCUCCCCAGUGCCGUUUUUGUUUUCUGGGUUUGUCCAUAUAAAGCCGUGUCCUGUCAGUGUUGCUCUGUCUGAUGCUCAUUGAAUCGAGUUUGGAGGAAAAUCUGAUGUGUGUGAGUGGCGGCAUGUUGGUAGUGCCGGACUUGGUGUUAAAAGCUUUUUGGGGUCCAGGAGUUUCCCACAGAAACCAGACCCACUCAAUUGGAUGUGGAAUGUGGCCGUGAGAGGCUGCACGUGCUGAAUGACUCCUGAAUUUUCAAACAGUGUUUUGACUUGAAGGGAUGGCAGCCCAGGAAGGAAUAAGGCCCAAGGGACAGGGUGCUGUGAAUGUAAGCAGAUAAGACUCCCCACCUUGCUUUGGGCUCCCCUACACACAUACACACAUCUUUGUGAUCUCACAGUAGGGCAGGGUAUCCCUAAAUUAGUGGGUAAUCUUAUUUUACUGCCGGGUUGCAUGCUUUUUUUGGGUUUGGGGGAAAAGGGAGGGUAAGGAAGGUCACCGUGGAGGAGCCCCGCCUCAGUAAGGAAAACCCUGGGUAAGGUAGCUUCCUUCUGGUUCCUUUGAGCCAAGAAGGAAAGCCCCGUUACACAAUAGGUGAGCUCCACACCCACCUUCCAGAUACCACUUGUUAAUGAUUAGGGCUGUCCUCUGAAUACCAACUCGGCCCAGAGCCCCCUCUCCCUGGCCCAGGAGCCUUGCUGCUCUGCCAUCACUUUUGGGAAAAGUGUGAAUGUGUGUGGGUGAUUUGCCUAAGUCUAAAUUUAAGAAAAAGAAAAAAAAGAAAUAUUUAAGCAUUUUUUUAACAAAAUAAAAUUUAUUUUUAUAUUUAAGCUAAAUUGCCUUUUGAAUUCCUUCAAGCUUGGUUCAUUGAGGCUGUGAAAGUACAAAGCUGUUGUCCAGAAAUUAGAUGAGCAGUGAAAGCUGGGGGAGGAGGGAGCCUGAUGUUGCCUGGGGGAGGAAGGGCUCACUCAGACUCCCUUUUCACCCAGGGAAUCAUUCUGUAAAAUGUACUUAUUUCUUUUAUAAUAAUGUGAUGUAUGUGAAUGUGGCUAGGGCGAGGUUCCCCCCCUGUGAUAGCAGCUCUGGUGGUUGUAGUUUUGGAGGUGGGAGAGGGGCAUCGGAAGGUCUCUAGAGCUCCAUCUUAAGCCUGUGUCUCAGCCACUGCUCAGUCCACGAGGACCCUGGGGAAAGCGGAAUCAGGUCAAACCAGCCUUUCCACGGCAGUGGUGGCAGCAACAAGCCUGCUAGUUACCAGAACAGCCCAGAGAUCUGCCCACGCCCACCCAACUCAGCCUCGGCCCCGUGCAGUACAUGCACAAGACCGAACAGGAACAGCAGACAAAGCUUUCCUUAAGACGCUGUUCCUGUUGAGUCUGGUGGGAAUUUAGUGUGAAUGUGCAAUUUUUUUUUCCUUGCUUCUUAUAAUGUCAUUGAUUUUAAAAAUAAACAAAACUGUGAUCUCCA